AUGUCUCUCAAGGCUUCUUUCAAUAGUUUCAACAGCGAGUUCUCGGCCGCCACCACUCGCAACACCCAGCAGAAGCGCCCCGCUGCCACCGUUCCUGUCCCCGUACAGCGUCCCUCUACUCCUGCCACCCAGCCUACAGAUCUCAAGCGCAAACGUCAGGAUCUCCCACAAAAUGCCGCUUAUUCACAACCCGCCGACACGGGCUCGGGCAGAGAGGUCAUGACCCAGGUCGUCUACGCCAUCGACUACCUCAAGUCCAAGGACCGUCCCAUCAGCUUCACCGACAUAUGGAACUACCUCUCCAUUCCUGCCAACCAGCAGCAGCAUCGUCAAGUCCUGCGCCGCGCGCUUAUGGAGCACCCCAAAGUCGACUAUGAUCCAAAAGGCCUCGAUGGACAGCAUCCCUCGUUUCGUUUUCGUCCCGUUCACAAUGUUCGCUCUGCCGAUGAUCUCAAGGCCUACUUGCAGCGCCAACACACCGCUCAAGGCAUCAGCGUCAAGGAGCUCAAAGAAGGCUGGCCAGAUGCCAUUCCCGAGAUUGAGCGUCUCGAAUCCAAAGGCGAACUUCUGGUCGUGAGGCAGAAAAAGGACAAUAUUCCCAAAAUGGUCUGGCCCAAUGACCCCUCGCUCGAUCAACGCAUCGACCAGGACUUCAAGGAUUAUUGGACAAAGAUCACUCUGCCUGCCAAUCCUGGCGACUUGAGAAUUGAACUUGAGAAAGCUGGCAUUACUCCUACCAGUCAGGUCAAGGAAGUAAUAAAGGUUUCUGGCGGAAAGGACAAGAAGAAGCGCACUUCGAGAAAGGUUGGCCGAAGCACCAACACGCACAUGGUGGGCAUUCUCAAGGACUACAACGCAGUGAAAAAGUAG